UACAUUUGCUUUGAAAAACUUAUAAAGUUGAUCGCAUUGAAGCAAAUAGCUAAAGCUAGCUAAUACUAGAAUUACCAUAUCCAUAAACAAGAAGAAUAGAGAUCGAUGGGUGUGUUUUCUCUAUGCCGUUUUCUGAUGGCUCUUCUAGUUAUCGUUUCCACUCUUUUCUUGCAGUGCCCCAACGCUAAUGCAGGUAUGACGAUGAGGAAACUGGCUGGUUCUCUGCCAAGUAGACCACCUCCACCGAAUGGGUCUGUGCCCAGAGUUCCAGCUUUCAAAUCCCCUCCACCGCCACCACGGCCGGGUCCGACCCAAUUUCCUCCACCUCCACCGCACUAUAGCUAGACAUUUUCUAGAAUGAUCAAGAGAAUUAAUAAAGGAUGUGUGUGUGUUUGCAUAUCUGUUUCUUUUCUUCAUGGAGCGAGUGAGUAGCAGAAUCUGGAUUUCACAUGUGCAAGGAGCAUAUAUAUACGUAAUUUCUUCAUUGUAAUAUUGAACUCCAUCAUCUGGACUAAUACACUUUGCAAGGGCCGUGGAAUUUAUGAGCUAGUCAAUAAGUCAAAUGAUGGGGCUAAUAUCUGUGUGUUUACAGCUAAUUGAGAUGUCUAGUGAUGGCGAGCAUUUUGAAGCUUAAUAUUCGAUGAAGGGUUUGGCGGGCCUUAGUUUUCAAAUCUAGAAAAAUUGAAAAGAGACUCAUUUCCUGGUUAGGUUUUCUUUUUUUUUGGCCGAAUUUUCUGGUUACUUAACUUCAAUUCUCAAGCCUUCCAAGCAUUCGAAUAGCUAGUUCGUAUAUUUUUUAAUAAUAUAUUGUUUGAUAUAUAUUUUUUAUAUCAAAAGAAGAAAUUCAUUUUAACUUUAUUAGUAAAGAAGUGAACACAGAGAAAUGUGAGGUGAUGAAUUCGAGCUAAGGAUUCAAGUGUGCCUUCCCAAAACUCAAGUCAAUGACCUCAUAUUUUUCUUAGUGCUAAUUGUGUUCAUUUUCUUAUCAAUUGGUUU